AUGGCCCCUCCAAAGGUCUUCUCUCUCGAGGGCAAAGGCCUUAAAUUCGACACUGCCGAGGACAUCGAAUCGCACAUCAAGCCUCUGACCGAAAGUACCGAUUUUACAGAGGUUCGCCUAGGCGGGAACACAUUCGGAGUUGCUGCUUCCGAGCGUCUGGCCGCCGUUCUGUCCACGCAGAAGAAUCUCCAAGUCGCCGAACUGGCAGAUAUUUUCACCUCACGUCUGCUCUCUGAGAUCCCCAGGGCUCUUACAUCGUUGUUGAAUGCCCUUCUUGAGAUCCCGACACUUCACACGGUUAACCUCUCCGACAAUGCAUUCGGUCUCAACACCCAGGCCCCCCUCGUCGAUUUCCUCUCCCGUCACGUUCCUUUGCGCCAUCUGAUCCUGAACAAUAACGGUCUGGGCCCCGCGGCCGGAACAUACAUUGCUGAUGCGCUUACCGAGCUGGCUAUGCGGAAAGAAGAGGCCCGCAAAGCUGGGAAGGAGGUCCCGCUUCUCGAGAGUGUCGUGUGCGGGCGUAACCGACUGGAGAAUGGCAGUAUGGAGGCUUGGGCUCGAGCGUACAAGGCGCAUGCGGCUGGCAUUCGCUCGAUUAAAAUGACCCAGAACGGUAUUAGACAAGAAGGGAUCUCGUUGUUGCUCACGGACGGUCUACGCCACGCCAACGCAAUUGAGGUUCUUGACCUGCAGGACAAUACCUUCACUAUUAUGGCAUCUACAGCUCUCGCGAGCGUUCUGUCAAGCUGGCCAGCUCUACGCGAGCUCGGUGUCAGCGACUGCUUGCUUUCCCCACGCGGUGGGAUCAAGCUAGGAAAGGCACUGGCGGAGGGCAAGAACCUGAAGCUGGAGACUCUACGCCUACAAUAUAACGAUAUCACGGCGGAAGGUGUGAAGCAUUUUCUUCACGCUGCCAGGUCCACAUUACCGGCUUUGCGCCGUAUUGAGCUUAAUGGGAAUAAAUUUUUCGAGGAUGACGGUAAUGUGGUGGAACUAAGGGAGCUUUUGGAGGCAAGGAAAGAAGAGCACGGCCAUGAGGACGACCCAGAGGACAUGUGGGGUAUUGAUGAGCUGGACGAGUUGGAGGAGGACAGUGAGGAAGAAGAGGAGGUCGAUGAGGAAGAAGAAGAGGAAGAGCACAUAGCUGCUAAGGACCUCAAGGAGGCGGUUCAAGCUGAAGACCAAGAAGUGGCCGAGAAGGCGGAUAAGGACGUGGACGAGCUGGCUACGGCACUUGGAAAGACUGGCAUAUAG